AUGAGCACCUCAUCAUCUUCCAACUUUUUGCAAAACGCGGCUCAACAAAUCUUGGACACCGUGCUCGUUAAUUUGAUGACCGCAGACUUCAAAAACCACAUCUUCCUCAACUCUAAUCGUCGCCUGGAGGAAGCGAAACAGAAGGGCUUUACCCUCAGUGACAUCUCUAUCGGAGAUGACUGUCUACCUACAUGGGCUGGCCGCACCUGGGACCCUGAUACAGAGUCUCUGCACGACGUUCUUCAAGAUGAUGCCUCGAAUCUUCUUGAAGCGCAGGAGGCUGGUAUAAUGGUCCGUAGGGAUAUCAUCUGGAAGGGCAACCGCAAGCUGAACGAAGCGAGAGCGCUGGCGGAAGAGGCGAUCCCGUUUCUGCCCGAAUGUAGCGAAGGGGAUGAAGAUCACAGUUCGCCUGAGGGCAGCAUCCAUGAGGAUACAGACACCUCCGAAGGAACUCUUUUCAACGACGACACCCAAGACUCUGAUGAUGACACGCUCAUGGUCAUAGAUGAUGCCGACACGACCGACUCCGACGAUGAGAGCGACUCCGAUAUGGAGUUUGAGAUGAUUGGCAUUGAUGAUGAUAUCCUCGACGACGAGAUUGAAACAUCCAACAUCUUCGACCCUGAGCCGUCAUAUGAUGAUUCAGAUGACGACGAACCAAACAUUUUUCACGGCGCUCAAGUCAUGGGCGUCCCGCCCCAACACUCUAACGUUGACCUCGAAGUUUACAUCGCCGAAGAUGACGAGGAGAUCCAGGAUCUUCCCCAGAUGGAGUUGGCUAUCGAUCAAGAGUCCUACGAACGAUACUUUGGAACUGAUGGAGCUAUUGAUCUCGAGAUCGCCGGAGGUCGACUCAUCUGCACCGGGGAGCUAUUUGAGGAGGACCAGGAGAUGACUUUGGAUAAUGUGGCGGAUGAUAUGGCGAUUUUAUCACUCACGGAUAGUGAUGAGGAAUAA